AAUCCAAGGACAAGAAUGAACUUUGGUUUCUUCAUUGUUCUACGUCUCUCUCAAGCGGGGAAGGAGAAGAUACCAAAAUAUGAAGAUGUGGUUUUCCAAGCUCAGAACGAUAUGGUCUCGAUCCAUCUCAUUCCUUCUCUCCGGUCCACGCGCCGUUCGAAUUCUUCUCCGGCGAUCAUAUCGCCGCCUUUCGCUUCCGCUUUUCUCUCCUACGAUCACCGCCGGGACUGCACUACUUCAUUGUCAAUUACAUUAAAACGGCGGCAUGGAGGUUUUCAUGCCUGUGGAGAAAGAAGUGUGUCUGCUUCUGCCUCUGUAGUCUCGAAUGAAGGGAGCGAGAUUAGUGAGAGAGGUUUGAGUAACGAUGAACUGGUGUUAGGGCUUAGGGAGAUAGAAGAAGGAUGCAGUAAGUGGAAUUGGAGAGGAUACACCAUUAAUUACCUUGUUCAAUCGUCUUCUUCCAAUUCAGAUAAUCCUUCUCUGCUUCUUGUUCAUGGAUUUGGUGCCUCGAUUCCUCAUUGGCGCAGGAAUAUUCCUAUCCUUGCGGAAAGAUACAAUGUGUAUGCAAUUGAUCUUCUAGGUUUUGGUGCUUCUGAUAAGCCAAUUGAUUUUGAAUACACAACUGAAGCUUGGGCACAGUUGAUAUUGGAUUUCCUGGAUGAAAUAGUUCAAAAGCCAACUGUUCUAAUUGGAAACUCCAUAGGAAGUCUAGUUUGCGUGAUUGCUGCCUCAUCAGGUAUGUCUUCGUCAACUUCAAGCCUCGUUAACGGGCUUGUUCUGUUGAACUGUGCUGGUGGAAUGAAUAACAAAGCAAUAGUGGAUGAUUGGAGAAUUCGACUUUUAUCCCCUUUGUUUUUGUUGAUUGAUUUCCUUCUCAAGCAAAGGAAGAUCGCUUCGUCAAUCUUCAAUCGCGUCACGCAAAUAGAGAAUCUGAGGAGCGUUUUAUUGUCUGUUUAUGGGAACAAGGAAUCCGUCGACGAUGAUUUAGUGCAGAUAAUUCGGAAACCUGCGAUGGAGGAAGGGGCUUUAGAGGCUUUUGUAUCGAUUGUGACUGGACCAGCCGGACCUAAUCCUGUUCAGCUAAUGCCCGGAAUCGACUUACCUAUUUUACUCCUAUGGGGCGAUAAAGAUCCAUUUACCCCGCUCGAUGGGCCGGUUGGGAAAUACUUUUUGUCUCUACCUUCGCAAAGGGAAAAUAUAAAGCUUCAUGUUUUGGAAGGAGUUGGACAUUGUCCUCAUGAUGAUAGGCCGGAGCUUGUUCAUGAAAAACUGCUACCUUGGCUUGCUCAGCUAUAUGCUCCAUGAAAGAUGACUGAAAUUAGGUAAACCGGUUAAAUAUUCGUUUUACUAUUGCAUAUAUUUAUCUGUGUUUAUUUAUUAUAAUGGCAUUAUACAUACUUGAAACCAUUUUAGACAAAUUUUCAAAUUGGUCAGUGAGAAUGUUCAUUUUAAUUG